GCCUCCUCUCUCUACUGAAUCAAAUCAGUCAAUAAUGGAUCAUCAAUGGCGACCCCUACCACCUCCUCACCCUACCAGUAUCUGCCCUAUCUGCUCUUUUUCUCACUUCCCAUUCUGUCCUCCUCCCCCCCCUCCCCCUCCUCCUCAAUACAAUCAAAGCCCUAGAUUCCCACCUCCACCACCGCAGCCCGAACACCCGUAUCAUUCUGGCCCACCCAACCCAUACAUGGUCGUCAACCCUAACCAGGGGUGGCACUGGCACAGAGAAGACGGAUAUGGACAUCCCAAUCCCAUGUAUGAUUAUUAUAGGAAUAGCGCUGCGAGUUGUAUUAAUGGUGAAGCUGAUCGGAGCUAUAAGAGGCCAAGGGUUGAUGGUAGCAUUGGAUCUGGUAUGUUUGGAUACGAGAAUAAUCAAAGUCCAGCUAAUUUUUUUUCGGAUGACGAGCGUAGAUUGAAGCUGAUUCGCGAGCACGGCAACACAACUACUCUGUAUAGUCCUUUUCCGCCCACACAUGAUGAUAUGAAUAAUAAUAACUGGAAAAAUCAGCCAAUGCCUAAUUCCGCCGAAAUGAGGCGGCAGCAGCUGCCAAUUGAAAGCGUUUACCAUGAAAAUAAUAGGGUGUUUGGAGGACAUCCGCCUCCGCCUCCGCCUCCGCCAACUUCACCGCCACCGCCUCUUCCUAUGGAACCACCACUCCUCCCUUCACCCCCCAAGUCAUCAUCUGCUUUGUUUCCUGUUCCUAUUAAUUCCGCAGCUACCAAUCCUUAUCUGCAUAACAACUCAUCUGGGUUUGUUUCUGAGGAAUGGAAACAAUCCUCUGGAAAAACUUUUUUGCAUAAGAAAUUGUCUCCAGAGAGGCCAAUAGUAGUUGAUGCUUCUCACUUGUUUAAGAUGCCUCAUCGUGCAACUCGCCCCAAUCAUAUUGUGAUAAUUCUUAGAGGGCUUCCAGGCAGUGGUAAAAGUUACUUAGCAAAGACGAUGCGUGACCUUGAGGUUGAAAAUGGUGGUAAUGUGCCACGAAUUCAUUCCAUGGACGACUAUUUCAUGACUGAAGUUGAAAAGGUUGAAGAUGGUGAUGCUUCAAAAUCUUCAAGCUCUACAAGAGGCAAGAAACCAAUUGUAAAGAAGGUGGUCAUGGAGUAUUGUUAUGAACCUGAAAUGGAAGAGGCUUAUCGAGAAAGCUUGUUGAAAGCAUUCAAGAAGACCCUUGAGGAGGGAACUUUCACCCUUGUCAUUGUGGAUGACCGCAAUCUGCGGGUAGCUGAUUUUGCUCAAUUUUGGGCAAUUGCAAAGAGAUCAGGCUAUGAAGUUUACAUAUCAGAGGCUACAUAUAAAGACCCUAUAGGUUGUGCUGCUAGGAAUGUACAUGGUUUUACCAUAGAUGAAAUACAAACAAUGGCCCGGCGGUGGGAAGAAGCUCCAUUGAUUUACACUCAAUUGGACAUCAAGUCAUUAUUCUGUGGAGAUGACCUGAAGAAAAAUGGAAUUCAAGAGGUUGACAUGGACACUGAAGAUGGAGACUUUGGUAAUCCAUCAAACCUGCAGGAAGGAAAGCCUGAGAAGACAAUAGUUCCUCCCAUAGAAGAUGCACCUCAUGUUCCUGCAAAAGACAGUAAGAGAUGGGAUGCUGAAGUGGACCAUCCUUCAGGAUUGAAAAAAUUGGGUAAAAGUAAAUGGUCAGAUGAUUUAGAUGAAGCUGACACACAAGGAUCUGAAAGCAUGAGGACUAAUAAUGCUCUUUCUGGGUUGGUUCAAGCUUAUCAAAAGCAACGAAAAUCAGUGCAUUGGAGUGACCAGGUUGGGGAUACUGGGUUUUCUAUAGUUGCAGCAAAGAAAGCAAAUAUGUUGUCUCUAGUUAUUGGACCGGGUGCUGGAUACAACUUGAAGUCCAACCCAUUAUCUGAAGAGGAGCGACCAACUUCAACCGCAGGCGUUGGCAAGUCAAAGCAGAGCAUAUUCCAAGAGCGACUUCGCGUGGAGCACGAGUCCUUUAAAGCUGUUUUUGAUCGGAGGAAACAGCGCAUUGGUGGAUUGGAUUCCGAGGAAUAAUAUUAGAUGUGAGAAACUUCAAUUGCAAGCGGUUCUUGAGAUUCUUUUUUAGCAUUCUCGUCUGUAAUUGUUAAUUUCACGAGAAAGAGGGGUGGGGGUUUAUGCUGUAAUUGCCCAAUCAUGGCAAAACCAAAAUUACUGUACAUGCAUGUCCAAAUUACCAUCCACCCCCUAGGUUUUUGGCAAUUUUGAUUUUCCAUGCAAUAACAAACACAAUCUUUUAUGAAA